AUGUUCGGCUUUGGCUCGUCCUCCUCCUCGUCUGCCAGCGAACCUGGCAAGGCGCCAUCGCGCGAACAGCGACAGAAGUGCUGGGCUACGCGUGACGCGUUCUUCGCUUGCCUCGACCAGCAUAAUGUGAUCCAGCCGCCUGAGGGGGCAAAGGGGGCGGGAACAGUGUGCGAGGCCGUGCAGAAGGAAUACGAGGGAGCUUGUGGGAAGAGCUGGAUCGACUACUUCAACAAGCGCCGCGUGCUCGAGUUCCGCCAGGCCGCGACCCUCGCAGAGGCCGCGCGGCAGCGCGAAGAGGCUGCCAAGCGGUAA